AUGAAAGUGUCUCUUGGUUUGUCGCAGAUUGAGAGGCAGAGAGCUGAUCUGUCCCUUCAGUUGGUCGAGCUCAACGAUAGACUGGACGAUGCCGACAGCGUCAGCGUGUCCCAGGUUGAGUUGAACAGGAAGCGUGACACUGAACUGUCCAAGCUGCGCAAACUGCUGGAUGACAUCCACGUCGAGAACGAGGAGAGCACAGUAGGCAUGCGCCGUAAGCACUCGGACACAGUCGCCGAACUGAACGAGCAGAUUGAGAUGCUAUCCAAGUCCAAGAACAAGUGAGCAUGCAUACGCGAGUGCGCCAU